AUGAAUGUUAAAAUCGUUCAUUAUGGAAUAGGCGCCGAGUACCAAAAUACCCCGCCUAGAUACCCAGCACCUAGAAGUCUCCGCUCUCGGGUGGCAGCAGCGCCGCCUUCGACAGACGACCUACCAGUCGCGCGAUCGUACGGCGGUGAGGCAUCCAACGAUGAACAUCCUGUUGGUAUUUGGCACAAAGGCUGUUCGCUACGAGUUUCUCAUUCCGCGGACAACGCAGAGCUGGGAUGGAUUACCGAGGACGGAGUAAAAGCUGAACGUGGAUAUGAAGAUGAAGAUGAAGAUGAAGAUUUAGAUCAAGAGGAGGAUGAUGAUUUGACGGAAGCAUGUCUAAACGGUACCGACAGUCGUUUUGAUCGUCGAAUCUUGUCCGCAUCGCUAGAUGCCGAUAAUGUUCAAAGUCAUGUUUCUGGUCGUGGGGAGAAGGGGAAAGGCAAGUUGUCUACUCCCCGGAAACGUUCGGCGCCGCUCGGAUUUUCUGCAAACCCGCAAGAUGAUAUCCAAGACGAUGACGAGUCCGCUGGGAAGCCGUCCAAGAGACCGAAAGAGCAUAAAGGGGCGAAAGAUGUGUUGCACCAUCAAUCAAAAAGGCCGUUUGCCUGCCCCUACUUCAAAAAGAACCCUUUAAAAUAUGUCAGUUGUGCCGACUGGCGUAAUACUAAACUCUCCCUAGUGAAAACGCAUUGUAUGUCAGAGCACCUAAAGUCCCGAUGUCCACGAUGCAAGGUCUAUAGGGGCGUUCAAUCCGAAAUCAUUAGACACCUAGAAGAUGAGGAUUGCAAGAAGCCAGAGACCUACGAUCCAUCUGAAGAAAAGACAACUGAAGAAAAGGUCCAGGAAUUGAACAAGGCAAAAACAUGGAGAAGGAUUUACGAGAUAUUGUUCCCCCUAUACAUACCAGAUCAAUUCUGGCAGAACACUAUUGAAACUUUGGUUGCCCCCAACGACGAAGACGAGUUGUCUUUCAUGGAUAGAGUUCAACUUGCCGUUUCAAUUAGGGAGCAGACGUAUAGAGUGGCGAUAUCAGAGUUCUUGAGGGAACGUGCAGGUGCUGGAGUCGUAGAUGACCUCUUGGACCAAUUCGAUAAAGUUUUAGAAUCAAAAACUUGGAAUCAGGAUCCACUUGACGAUUUAAAUAACUCUAGGGCUAUAACACACGAGACUCAAAUUCAUGAGAGUUUAUCAAGAGAGCCGCCAAAAGCCGAACUACCAAGUACCUCGAGUUCAAUCCACAACUCUAAAACUCUGAAAUAUGAGCCCCAGUCAAAAACACCCGCAAGCGCCGGUAAAGACAAUGCUGAACAGCACCUUCAUGACAUGACUGACCUCAACCACUUCCCGAACCAAUGCCAGUACUCGGUUGAGCAUCUAAUGCCAACCCAGGAUUCCGGCCACUCGCGAGUUGACAUUUCGAAUUUUUCAAAGUUCCAACCAGAUCUACUCGGUCAGAGUUUCACCAACGAUCCUAGCUCACAGGACAUGCAUGAUUAUGUGAAUGUUGAUGACGAUAUGUUUGAAUACGGGGGGGAGGAAGGAUUUGAAGAAAUUGGGGAUGAUUUCCUUGAGCCGGGUGGAAUGGGCUAUUCGUUGUAA